UGACUGUAAACGUAGAAUGUCUGAAAUAACUUUACAAUAUUUACUGGUAGCCCUGCCAAAAACGUCAAAACAUCCAAUUUCAGGCGAUUAAACCAAUUUUUAUUUUAUUGUGUACAAAACCCUUUUACGUAAAGAACCCUUUUGUUUUUAAGGGAAAGUUUCAUUUUAUAUCCAUAAAUAUGUCUAUUACAACUUUGUAUUAUUUGCAAUUGAAAAAAGAAAAUGCUCACGAGGAUUCAAUUUGGUGUUGCGGUUGGAGUCGUAUUCAAAAUGAAAAGCCUAAAGAAACCGAGGAUGAAAAUGGUGAAAACAAUGAAGAGCAAAACCAUGUAGAAGAGAACUACAUAAUCACUGGAGGACUGGACGAUAUUAUAAAGAUAUGGCAAUUAGAAAAUGGCAAGUUGGAGGUGAAGCAUCAGUUAGAGGGCCACUCACUUGGGGUCAUAUCUGUUGCUGUAAGCCCAGAUGGAAAGACCUUAGCAAGCAGUUCUCAAGACUCAUCACUUAUUCUAUGGGACAUAGCAUCUGGAGACAAACUAAAGACUUUUGAGACAGGAGCCACUGACGUGUGGACCUUGGACUUCUCACCAGAUGGUAAACAUGUUAUAUCGGGAAGUAAUGCUGGAAAAAUAUUAAUAUUUGGUGUAGAAAGUGGCAAACAGGAACAGACAUUGGACACAAGAGGAAAAUUCACAUUGAGUGUUGCUUAUAGUCCAGAUGGAAAAUACAUAGCAAGUGGUGCGUUAGAUGGUAUAAUAAACAUAUUUGAUGUGGCACAAGGAAAGCUGGUGCAUACACUUGAAGGUCAUGCUAUGCCAAUCCGCAGUCUCUGUUUCUCUCCAGACUCUCAGUUACUACUCACAGCAUCUGAUGAUGGACAUAUGAAACUUUAUGAUGUAGUGCAUGCAAACCUAGCAGGCACACUCUCGGGACACGCGUCAUGGGUGCUCUCUGUGGCGUUCUCACCAGACGGCAAGCGGUUCGCGUCCGGUAGCGCCGAUCGAACAGUCCGAGUGUGGGAUCUGGACAGCAUGCAGUGUCAGAAUGUAUUCAAGGAACAUAAUGAUCAGGUCUGGGGUGUAAAAUUCAAUUCAGAGAGCAACAAAAUUGUGUCGGUGUCGGAAGAUAAAAGUGUAAAUAUUUAUGACUGUCCCUUAUAGUCUGCCAAAAAAAGAAUAAAUAUCCAGAAAUUAUAUUA